ACUCAGUAGCACAUGGAAGAGAUGGAGAUCAAAUCGAAAUAAAAAACAAAUGUGUGACAUUUUUCUGUUUUGUUUUCCUAAAUUCAAGUUGAAUGGAGCGUUUCUUUCGCUAAUAACAUGCCCCGAAAAAAUAAGUUUGUAGAUUUAAACCUCCUUGGAACAUGGCAGAUUAUUUGUUGUGAGUCCAGCGAUGGAACGCAUGAAAAUAUCAAAGGAGUGGAAUUUACUCUCGAUGAAGGAGACGAUGUAACUUGGGGUCCAACACAAGAACUACAGUCUAAAAACGACCAAGAAAGCUUUCCCUUGUUGACGUGCCAGACAUUUGAGAUUGUUGCGAAUAAAAAUGAAAUCCACUUUUAUUUACCGGAUACUGGACAUUGGAUAGAAUUCAAGGUAUCAUUCUCUGGGGAUCAGCUGGUUCUAACAAGUGGACGAAACCUCAAACUCAAUUGCAACAAAAUUCUAGAAGAACGAAUGUUACAAGCUGCAACCAAGUUCUCUCUUCUUAAUGCUUUAAAAGAGGGAUAUUUUUCAGAUUUGACUCUCUCAGCAAGUAAUGGAGAAAAGUUUGCUGUUCAUAAGACAAUACUCUCUUGCUUAUGUCCCAAUGAGGACUGGGACACAAUACCUCCAUUCAUCCAAGACCUGCCACCAAAUGUCCUCAGGGUCAUUCUUCACUAUCUAUAUACUGGUACUUUGGUGGAAGAACAGGAAGAGGUUACCAUCAGGGAGACCCUUAAGGCUGUAGAGAGUGUGACAUGUCUUGGUCCUCUGGUAAAGAUGUGUGAGGACUACCUGAAGGCAACAGCAGCUAUUCAUAAAAUAAAUACUCUUGUAAAUGACCUAGAACAGGCUAUUGACAGCAUCACAAGCAUUAUCAGCAGUGUACAUUCCCCAGAUAUGUCAACUGUUCAACCACAACAGCUUCUUGCUGCCAGUAAGGCAGUAGCACAACAAGUGGCAAUAGCAAUUGCAAAGUUUGUUCUUCUUUGUGAUGUGUUCUCACAAAGAAAGAAUGAGUUGACAAGGAAAGAGAGACACAAGAUCAUAGAAAGCAUCAGAAACAGACUUCCAGGAAUCGUCUCUAAAGUUCAUUCUCUGUUGCUUGUUUGUGGUGAGGUGUUGGUAAAAUAUCUGUUGACUGAGGCUAGGCAGCAAGAAGUAGUAACAUAUCUUAUUCCCGAGAUUGAAAACUUUUGGAAAGUUAUAUCUGACACUAUCACUGAUGCACAAAAAACCCUAGAUGAAAUAGUAGAACAAGAAGAUGAUGAACAGAAGAAGAAACGACACUCUGCAUUCGGCAACAAACUGAGUAGAACAUUUAAAAAUGUGAUUCAUUUAAGGGAACUGAACAUUUUGAAAAAAAUCCAAGAAGAGGCAAGAUCAACAUUUGUCUUUGUUUUACAGAAAAGGGAGGAUUUCAGUGCUAUGAAUCCAGAAAGAAAAGUUACAGCUGUGAUAAAGGCAAUUGAUUUCUUAACAGAUGAGAUUGAUGGUGUAUAUCUCCCUUCACUGGAGAAAUUCCCAAACAUGUUUGAAACUGAUCUCAAGUUUAAAGCAUGCAAGAGUCUAUUCAAAGUUGGAACAGCACGAGUUUCUUGGUUACUGGAAAGAGUGCAGCAAAAUCAAAGUGCUCUUCAGCCAUCUAUCAACCAUAUGUGCCAACUCGUUAACCAUGAGUCAUUUAAUAGGGCGAUGAAAGACUUAAAAUUGAUGGAAUCCCUACCACAGGGGUGUGCGUCAACACAACUAUGCCCACCACCUGUGCCUAAACAAAAACCAAGGAAUUGUAUGAAAUCUGAUUCCACUUCAAGUGACUCAACCAUCGAUAGUCAACUUCCCACUGAAGUAGCAAAAUUAUUAGUGUCUGGGAAAUAUGCUGACAUGACAUUCAUUGUUGGUGAUUCUACCUCAAAAGACAAGACAACAAACAACAAAGAUACUUUAGAACACCUGAGCUGCCAGGCCUGUGCCGACACAGAGAGGAAACCUGGGGAUGACAAUCUUUUGAAAUGGAAAACAUGUGAAGUGAAGGAAAAUGAAAGUUUAAAUGAAACAGAGGAAAAUGUUGUCAAAUUUAAAGCUCAUCGUGUUAUUCUAGCAGCUCGAUGUACCUUUUUCAAAUGUGCUCUCUUGAGCGGAAUGAAGGAAUCCAUAGACAGAACAAUUUUGGUGCCAAGUACCAAUCCACAUUUAUUCCAUAAAUUUCUUGAGUCUUUGUACAGUGGAACAAUAAAUACAAACUGCAUGAGCAUAGACCAGCUGGUUGAGAUGAUGAUGCUAACAGACAUGUAUGAGGUGGAUCAUAUGAAAGAAGCAUGUGAAAUGUCUUUAUGUGCCUGUAUCAGUGACGAUACAGUUCUAUAUCUGUUGAGUAUGGCUGACAGAUACAAUGCUACACAACUCAAGAGCAAAUGUUUAGAUUUCAUGACAAACCCAGAAAUCUACAUGGAAUCAGAGGAAUUUAACAAACUAUCCCCGGAACUACAACAGGAGGUGAAACAACAUCUAGAAAAUUUAAAGAUUAAAGAAAAACUGAAAAGUAAAGAAUUGGAAUCAUCAAAGAGACCAAACCUUGAAGAGCUCACAAGAAGGCAUUUAUUCGAACAGUAUUCACAACAGGGACAUCAUGAAACAAAAAUCGAAAAAUGUAUGCAAGAACUUACAGAAAUCUUAGGAGUCUCGAUACCAAGACGAGAUUUGUUGCGAAUAACGUUAGCCGCUGAUUGCGACGUCAACAGGGCUUUAAAUUUCUAUUUUUCAUGGCAAUCCAGCGAGAUUUAACCCCCAAGGUAAAUAAUUUUAAUAUAUAUUUGAAAUGUCUUUAAAUAACACAAGAAUAUCAUUUAUUAAGGAAAGUACAAUUUAAAAAAUAUAUUACAAAAUUUAUCAUAAAAUAUUUGGCGUGUUGAAAUUUUCAUAAAAUGUUUGAUACUUUUAUUAUGCUAAAAAUAAUUAAAGAUUUAUAGUUUUUUGGCUUUUCUGUUUUCAAUGAUAAUCAAUAUUGCUACUGCUUUAACUUUUGAACUACAUUGUUCCGAUCAUCAUGUAAUGGGACAAUUUUUGUCACCAGUGAAAAAAAAAAAAUGAAUCAUUGAGAAACUUUAUUUAAAAAAUUCGAAUGAAUUUUGAGUUCUAGAAAAUAAUAUGUGUAGGUUGACAAUUGGCCAACUGUUGGUGAGAAUCAGAUGGUCGGCCAAGUGUCGACCGUGAGUUGGGUGAUUGUCAACCAGAAAAUAAAGUGAAUAUAAUUACCAAAGGUGCAUAAAGACACUUAAAAAAUAUCAAUAAAAUUAAUCAACAAUCAAUACAAAAAUAACUCAAUUAAUGCUAUUUUUUGUGUAAAAUCGCAGUAAAAAAUAAUAUUUAACCUCUAUUUUGCAGCCACUUGACAAUUACAUGAGAGUGGCUGCUUAAUAGAUGUUCUAGGUGUACACUUUCCUUAGGGAAUCAAAGAGAGGAAUCAUAUUAAGUUUAUUUUUACCAAAUUAAAAGUAAUAGCACUGA